UCGAGGAAUGGUCAUAGUAUUCGACAUGGCUCUCUACUGGGUAGUGUUAGGUCUGGUGCUGGUAGCUGAGCUGGAAGCGGCGUCCCAUCACGGCGUGUCCCAAAGCCGCUUGUUGGCUGCAAUCGGGAAGAGUAUGGAUAUGUGCCGCGAGGAGAGUAAAUUGACUACGGACAUGCUGCAAGACUGGAGUAAAAUCUGGGAGAAGGACUUUGAGGUAAAACAUAGGGAGUUUGGUUGCACCCUCAAGUGUAUGGCCAAAAACCUAGCCGUUUUGGAAGACGGUGCAAUGCAUGACGGCAAAUUGUCAGGCUUCAUGAGCAACAUUCACGAUGAUGAGGAUAUGACAAGCAAAUCUACAAACUUGAUUCUAAACUGCCACAAUCAGGCUGCGGACAUCGAUGAUGAGUGCGACCGCUUCGCGCAAACAUUCCGUUGCUACAAGGCCGGACUUGACACGGCAGGCCACACGCCCUACGCCGAGUUAAUCAGAGACUUACUCAACGAGUAAUCAGCCAAAGAAAAUCGACAAACCGAACUGCAAUCACGCCUGCAACCGAACUUGUUCAAGACAGAAUAUAAUAUAAAUAUACAGAAAUUAUUGCCUUGUAUGACACUAUAAUGGCCUUUUUUGUAAAUUGGUAUAUCGCUAGAGUGCUAUUAAGAGGACUUGAAGUAUACCCAUUGAUUUUUUUAAAAUUAUAUUCUGUAUCAUUUCUUAUCCAAAUUUUUUUCACUAAUGUCAAUUACAUCCAUCACAUUUUAUGUAGCCACAUUAUAGAUAUGCAAUAAACAACUGCUCGAGAA